AUGCUGAGUGUGGAUGUGUCCACUAAAAAAACAGCUCUUCAAUGGGCUAAAGAAGGUUUAUUAUAGAGGCUCUGGAGAGAAAGGGCGCGCUGUUCGCAAUCUGGCUGAAUUUCUAGGCCGCGAAGUAAUUAUCCACUGAAAAUGUGGCCUAAUUUUUCAAACUCGGCCCCGAGGUCGCUCAAUUUGUACUGCAAUAAGAGUUUCUCAACAGAUCGCCAUUUCUGUUCGGUGCCCCUAUAAUAACAAAAACUAUACAUCUCACUGUGACUAAAUUAUUCAGAAUCUCUCAUAAAUACAGCAUCUGUAGAGAUGGUUGAUUUACCGCUGUCUGAAAGUCAGCAAAUGAUUGAGGAUGAAUUCGAAGAAGGAGAAAGUUUGUUUGCUGAAGAAAUUGCUUAAAACAGUUCAAGUUUUCAGAGAAUAUUAUUGCUGCUUUCAUGCGUCGUAUACAAGUUCAAUUUGGUCAACUCUGUCGGUUGGUCUCGAAAUCAGAAAAGAUAUAACUUAUUGGUUCUUCCUUGUCUAAUCAAGGAAAUGGCUUGUCAGACUUUGUUCAAUCAGUCCGUACUGUUUCAAAUUCAAUGUAAUUUAAUCUGAGAAGAUUUUUUCAAUGAUGCGUUAUUUUUUUAACAUUUUAGGGGGAACUCGGCUCUAUUCGAACGAGACUACUUCAACCUAAGAAAAGUCAUUAUUGUCGCAACCACGGACGGAACAGUUUUUGGAAUCGACAGUAAUGACGGCAACCUCCUAUGGAAAAUUUGGUUAGGAGAAGAAUUUAGCCCACUAGAAGCUUCCACAAACACGCCGCGCGUUCCAUUGUUCGUACAAAGAACUACAGCGCACUAUCAACUUGAAGGGCUCGCUUCUGUAGCUUUUUCCAAAAAGGUGAGCUGUCAGUGUGGUUUUGCAAAUGUCUCUUGUUUCACUAGACGUGCAAAACUGGCGUCAUUCUCUCUUUCAACCCUAUGAUUGGUAAAGUAACAGCGAAAACAAAUUUGGAGGACCCAAUCAAACGGUAUUUUGCAAACGUCAGUUUUUAAUACUUGGAUUUUACAGAAUUACUUUGUUACCAACUCAUACAAAAGAACAUUGGAAACGAAUCAGACGAUCAACUAAGGGACGAUUAUAGCGAUGGUAAACAAAAUAUUCACCUGUUGGUGAUGUUCACGCUAAAAAACUUUGUUUUAUAGACGAUUCGAUAGAGACUGGUGAUGAUUUGCCUAUCGAAAAGAAGUCUAAAGCGCUGGACAAAAUUAAUGCCAAGAUUCGGUAUGUUUUUUUUUGCUGUGAAAAAUAUUGGUUUUUUUGUUUGAUUAGGGAGGAAGGCGAACAGGAGCUGCGUCUGAACAUUGCGAAUCAGGAAACCUUUGUUCUUCCGACGGUGGAACAGAUUGAAGAUGAAAUCAAGUCUGUUCCUAAUCUGGAAAUCGUCAAACAGAGAAUCUCCGACGUAAUGCAAGUACUGGGAGAUUUUAAAACUCGGAGGGAUCCUACUAAAAGCCGCCUACAAUAUGUCGACGUUCUGAAAAAAGAUCUGUGUACUCAGUACGGUUAUAAUGACUUUCUGAUGGGAAAAUUCAUGAAUCUUUUCCCGAACGGAGCUGAAUUGCUCGAGUUUCUCGACGCAAACGAUAAUCCCAGACCAGUGACCAUCCGAGCCAAUUCUUUAAAAGUGAAAAGGUAGGUCACGAAAUUUCACCCGGACCGUAGCAGGUUGCUUCAACUGUUUAAAUAACUUCUAUGGGUCAUAUUCGUUCAGUUUCUAUUUAUUUGAACCCACUAGACUACCUAAUACGAGAACUAGAAUCACUAAUGUCCAGAUUGCAGGAGUGUCUUUAUGGCGCCGCAAUCUAGACAUUUCUGACUUUACCCGGACUGUAGCAUGUUGCUAAGUUGCUUCAACUGUCUAAACUACUUCUAUGGGUCAUAUUCGUUCAGUUUCCACUCAUUGGAACCCACUAGCCUACCUGAUACGAGCACUAGAGUCGGAAAUUUUAAUCCAACCGCCAGACCGAAAAAAUGUUUUGGCGUUUCUCAAACGUCGCGUACCUAUGAUAUGCCUUAUUUAGACGCGAUCUCGCCAAAAAUCUGAUCAACCGUGGCAUGAAUGUGGACCCCGCUGCCGACUGGACUAAAGGCGGACUGGUUGUGUAUGAUUCACAGGUUCCUGUUGGUAUGUGUUUUCACUUAAAGUUUACUUUAAUGCAUGCAUUAUGCAGGUGCAACUCCCGAGUACUUGGCGGGUCACUACAUGAUCCAGGGUCUGAACUCGCUUCUACCGGUGAUGGCUUUAGCUCCUCAGCCGGGAGAUCGUGUCCUCGACAUGUGCUCAGCCCCAGGUGGAAAAACCUCUCACAUUGCUGCCCUUAUGAAGAACAGUGGAGUACUUUUCGCGAAUGAUGCUAGUGUUAGUUCCACAAUUUUCUAUUAAUCUGAAUUUGACAUUUUCAUUGCAGUUUGAUCGUUGCCGUGCAAUUAUCGGGAACCUGCACCGCCUCGGUGUGAACAAUGCGGUUGUGUGCAACUUGGGUGGAGAAGAAUUUUGCAAGAUUCGUCCAAAUGGAUUUGAUAGAAUUCUACUCGACGCACCAUGUUCGGGAACAGGAGUUAUUUGGAAAGAUCAGUCUGUCAAAACAAGCAAGGAUAGCCAGGAUAUUCAGAGACGACACACUGUUCAGAGACAACUAAUUCUCUCUGCACUUGAUUCUUUAGAUGCUAACUCUCCUAAUGGCGGAUAUCUUGUAUACUCGACCUGCUCCGUUUUGGUUGAGGAAAACGAGGCGGUUGUCAAUUUCCUACUCGAAAGACGUCAUUGUGAACUUGUUCCAACUGGUCUUCCGAUAGGUGUAGAUGGCUUCACUCGCUUCCGUGAUUAUCGGUUCCAUCCGUCUUUAUCAAUGACCAAGAGGUACUACCCACAUGUUCAUAAUAUUGAUGGAUUUUAUGUGGCUAAAAUCAAGAAGCUGUCCAAUGUGAAGAUGAGCAAACACGAAUUUAUGGAGGUUCGUGAUUUCCUUUUUGAACGAAAAACAGUAAAUUCAGUAAGAAUUGGUUUAUCCCUCUUCACUUCCGUGUCCCUUAUAAUAAAAAACAAGCCGACUUUGAAACGAAAAAGUAGAGAAAUUAUGAUAUGGACACGUGAAUUCUUAACGGUUCUGAGUAGGCGAAGCGGGUAAAUGUUUUAAAACGUCUCGUAAAUAAAUAAAUAAACAAAGGGACAUACCUCUUUAUGGGGCUAUUCAGAGUAUGUUUUUUUUCCAUUUUUUUUACAUCGCUGAAUUGGGUUUUUUGACGUAAACUGUUACGUCGUUCUAGACGUAUGAAUUUGUAGGAUAAUGCUAAGUGAUCUGCCUGUGAUCUACCGCUAGGUUAUGCAUUAUUCUCGUUCAUUUGUCAUCAUUCGGGUCGCCCUCCCUCUGAGGACGAACCCUCUCGAUAUUCCAUACAUUCUAUAUCUGCUAGCCCCCGCUAAGGUUUCUCUCUCUGAAUAAACCUCUUGCGGAAGCUCUCUUGUCUGAUACGACUCUUCCCUACCAACGCGGUGGAAGACGUUACAAAUACAACAAAAGCGAAAAAAAAACAAAAAAAAAUCAUUUUUUCACAGCCUGAAUAACCCCAUUAGACUUUUAUCAAUAACAAGACAUCAAAGUGGGUCCGCUGCGCGGUUCGAGCUAACGCUCGGUAGCGGCAAAGCCGCUUGUUUGUUAGACCGUUUGAAAGUUCACGUGUUCUUUUCUCAAUUUCGCCGUCACAAUAAUAUUUUUAGAAAUGAAAAAGUUGCUGGACAAAAACAGAGAGAAAUGGACAGACCCCUCAGGCAAAUCGUUUGUAAUCUAGCUAGGAGAUUUCGUAAUCUAAACCGAGUUCCGAAUCUAGCUAGGUGAAAACGGAAUCUAAACUAAACCUAGCUAGAUUUGACUGCAAAAACGAAGGCGCGAUCUCGGAUCGCGCCAGCAGACAUAAUUGCUAAUCUAAUUAGAAAAAAUCCGAAUCUAAAGUCAACCUAAUUAGAUUGACGGGAAUUUGAACAGAACGUGGGAAACCACACCGUUUUCGGUCGAUUUCGAACGUUUCUUUGAGCUGUUAUACUGUGAUUUUUACAUUUUUGUGCAGAAAUGUGUCUGUUUCAGACGGCAAUCAUGCCACGUGUGAAAAUAACAACUCGAUCCGUUCUCCGCACGUGCAUGAGUCAACCGACAGAAUCUCGUGCAGAAACAUCGCAUGAAAACAUAAAUUCUACGAUUGAUUCCUCAUGUUCAUCCGACACUUCGUCCCAACGUUCCGAUUCGGGCACUGAUUCAGAAGAAGAUUUCCAAGCAGAAUUCGAAGAAGACUGCUACACGGAAGGAAAAAAUAAGGCGAUUUUGGAGGAUACGAUGAAAUACGACGAGAGAAGUUUGUAGUUUUUUGAAAGUUUUUUAAUAACGAAAUGAAACUGCGUGUGAUAAAGGAAGUUCGGAAGUGAAAGCGAUUGCUCUUGGAAUGCGAGGAUUGAUGCAAAUAGCAUGUUCUGUUAGAUAAGCAUGCAGCUAAAUCUUUUCUUACAGAUGAUGAUUGAACGAGAGCGGCAAACUCCGAAAAAACCGAGUCUGCCGUCGUCCGAACUGAUCACCACUCUCGAUCCGACAAAAUUUCUCUCUAUUCAGCGUAUCGUGGUCAAAACUCUUGACAAAUCCGGUAGAUUUUUCUCCGCAUGCAUAUCGAGAACAACGGUUCAUUGCAGGAGAAAUUGAUGUUAACGAAACUCUUGCGAAGCUUUCCGUACAACGCGGAACCCUGCGUAACGUCGUUCAUCUCGUUGGAAACCAUUGGAUUAAUGAGGUUUGUGUGCAAUCCAUGCAACGUUUUCAAAUUCCAUAUUGUUCAGAUUAUGCAGGACCACGAACGAUCCAAGUGGUCAGUCUCACUGAAACCGCAGGAACCGAACAAGACAAUUCCGGCGGAAAUGCUGAACGCUCCAGCCGGUCAGUUUUACAAAACCAGAGACCGUUAUACUUCAUUGUUUCCAGGCCUGCUCGCCAAAGUUCUGAAGGUGAAAAACGCCGAUGAACAGACGAUCGGCGAAAAUAUUGCGAUUCUUUUCAAACUGCAUCUCGCAAACAUUUUGUAUGUUUCCCGGAGCACGUAUAACACGGACUUUUCUGCUUUCAGCAACCACAGUCGUUCGACGAGCAAGAAAGAAUUGAAGAGAGCGAGAGGAGUGUAG